UAGGGCGCGUCGCUUGUGUUUUAGUUAUAGAUCUUAUCCAGCAACGCUAAUUGUGACAGUUGUAAUGAGCUGUAUGUCACGCGAUAGUACUGUGACACUGUUUUGUUUUUUGUUGACUUCCACUUCAGUUCAGAUAAAGUAUCAUACUGACGGCAAAACAAACUAGAUAUUUGAACGGUUAACAUCAACUAAAUUAUCUGAGGUCACUGAAGAUUACUGACAAGUGUUUCAGUAUUUAAAGGUUCUAACCCACUCUUUGGGAAGAUAUCCAUUCCCAUCAAGUUGGUUGAGAAUGGCUACCAACAGGGAUGCCAAUGAGAGCACCCCGCUUUUGGACUCAGGAAACAGACCCUCACCCCCAUCUGUCUUCCAAGGAAGAAAACUAGCUUGUGCAGCCAUCCUGCUGGCCGAAUCAUUAGAAAGGAUUGCAUUCUAUGGCAAUCACAUCAAUUUGGUUCUGUUUCUCAAUAGUACGCUCUACUGGGAGGGUACUCAGGCGAGUCAGGCACCUCUGAUGUAUGGAGUAACUUACCUGAUUUCACCAUUUGGAGGAUGGUUGGCAGAUGCAUAUCUUGGAAAAUUCUGGACCAUUGCUUCAAGUUUGAUCCUAUAUUUUAUUGGCAUGCUCUUUUUCCCUUUCAUUUCAAAUGAAGACACUAGGAUACGUCUAUGUGGAGAGGAGGCUAGCAUUUCCCGUGCAACUGCUGAGUGUCUGAGCACUAACAGUACUCCUUCUGGAAAUGUACCUGCCCCAUCCGCGCCGUAUUGUGGCCCUCUUGUCUACAGUGGACUUUUUCUAAUUGCAUUAGGUGUGGGUACUGUGAAAUCCAAUAUCACUCCCUUUGGAGCAGAUCAGGUCAAAGACAGAGGACCCGAGGCAACUCGCCGAUUCUUCAACUGGUUCUACUGGUGCAUCAACCUUGGAGCAAUCGUGUCUCUGGGAGGAGUGGCAUACAUCCAGCAGAAUGUCAGCUUUGAGCUUGGCUACAUAAUUCCCACUGUGUGCCUUGGAGUGUCCUUCCUGGUCUUUCUACUGGGACGUACUGUUUUCAUCACAAAAUCUGCUGAUGGCAGUGCCUUCUCAGAUAUGUUCAAGAUCUUGGGCUUUGCCUGCUGCUCACAGAAACCAAAAGAGCCUAACUUGCUUCGCAACAAACCAACACUACUUGAUAGUGCAAAAGUGACCUAUGGAGGAAAAUUUCCAGAAGACAAAGUAGAGGAAGUGAAAGCACUGGUGAAGAUCCUUCCAGUUUUCUUUGCCCUUAUACCAUACUGGACUGUGUACUUCCAGAUGCAGACAACAUACAUCCUGCAGAGCCUCCAUUUGAGGAUUCCUGAGACAGCCUCUAACAGGACUCCUGACUCCCAUCAGAUGACAUUCCGCUUCCCGGCCGCAUGGCUCACCAUGUUUGACGCAGUGCUCAUCCUAAUGCUGAUUCCCCUUAAAGACAAAGUGGUGGACCCCAUCCUGAAACGCCGUGGCCUGCUGCCCUCCUCUCUGAAAAGGAUUGCAGUGGGGAUGUUCUUUGUCAUGUGGUCAGCUGUGGCAGCGGGUAUUUUGGAGACCAAACGCCUGGAGAUCGUCAAAUCAAAUGGUACCAUUGACCAGGUGCUUGGCAACGUUAUCUACUAUGCAGCAGAUUUACCCAUAUGGUGGCAAGUGCCUCAAUAUGUGCUGAUAGGAAUCAGCGAAGUCUUUGCCAGCAUUGCAGGCCUAGAAUUUGCCUAUUCUGCAGCUCCCAAAUCCAUGCAGAGUGCCAUCAUGGGGCUUUUCUUUUUCUUCUCUGGGAUCGGCUCCUUUGUUGGCUCCGGUUUGUUGGCUAUUGUGUCCCUCAAGGAGAUCGGCUGGAUGUCAUCCCACAAAGACUUUGGUAAUAUCAAUGACUGCUCCCUGCAUUACUACUUCUUUCUCCUGGCGGGCAUCCAAGGCAUCACCUUGCUGGUCUUCCUUAUUGUCUCUGUUAAGUACGACAAGCAGAGGGCCAGAGCAGGAAGCCAGCGGCAGAGACACACCUCUUCCUGACCUUAGCACACAUCUCAGUAAGCCCCAGCACACCUGCCUUUUCUCCUGUCACAUCGCUCAGUGCCCAAAGAUCCUUUGGAAGAAGUACUUAUUAAUCAUACUACAGCAGUGUGGGUUUCCUGUGAUUAUCUUGUCACAAUUACACUUAUUUAUGUUUGUUUUUGCCUCUUAAGUGCAGAUUCCUUUCUCUUAACAGUAACGGUUUUACAUCAGUGGAUGACUGUGCAGGUACUGACAGUAUAGAGAUUUAUGCAGGAAUCUUGGUUUAAAUCACUGUUGCUGUGCUUCCCCUCCUGCUUUUUUUAAUCCUGUUGCCUUUAUUUGGUCAUUUGCACUUAACUUGAGGAGUGGUGCCAUAAAAACAUGACACAUUGGUAUUUUCUAAACACCAAAAAAGCUUUUUCUUUUUGCUUUAUUGUUUUACUUUGUCCUUUUAAAUAAACAUAUAUUUUAUAUCUAAUCUCAACUCUUUACCCUUUCUCUUCCAUCUCUUUUGUUAAUCAUUUUUGUGACUCCAGUAUGAUGAAGUAUUUACAAUUAAGACUUUCAGCUAUAAUGUGAAAUUGGGGUAAAAAAAAUUUUUUUACCUUGAAUGUUAUUUCAUUCUUUUAUUUACCCUUUUGUGCUUUGUGAGAAUGUCACAUUUACAGCAUACAACAAUAAAUGGUGAACUGGUUUGAAUUUUACUUUGCAGAUUCCCAGAAAGUAUUUCUGUUAAAGUUGCUGAUAGAUGUGGAUUUGUAUUGGAAGAGAUUCCAAAUGAUCACACUUGAUCCUUUUAUACAAAUUCUAUAUUUAAAUCUCAUAUUGAGAAAAGAAACCCCCCUACAUUUGUUUUCUACUGUUUGUGAUAACAGUGCCAUCCGAAAAGCCACACACAACCCCAAAAUAUAAGUCCAUUUUAAAUUCUCAGACUCUUGAAUAGAUUGACUCUUCCUGUUGAAAAUGUUCUGACUCCUGUGUAGCUUCACUGUAACUUUUAAUUUCUGGCCAAGCUGCAAAAUUGCAUGCCUUCAUGACAACUCUUUAGAAGUUAAGCAUUGCAGUAACUUAACUAGUGACCUGAAGAACAGUCCUGAAAAUACUGCAGGCUGUAAUGCUUGGAUGAUGGUAGGGAAAAAAAAAAGUUUUGACAUGAAAAUUAAAAAUGCAAUGCAUGUCUCAACAUCUUCUCUGUAUUUAGAAUUUUACAACAAAAUAAACCACAACUCUCUUAGCGUUCACUCAGUGUUAUCAUGGCUUUGCAGCUUUGCCAGAAAAAAAAAAAGUCCUCCGGUUUUGUUGUAUUUAUAAUACUGCGAUGCAUUUGUUUUAGCUCUCUACUGUAGAAUAAGAUUAAGUUUGUGUGUGCAUGUUUGUAUGUGUAUUUCUUCAAACCUCAGAUUAAGUAGAGCACAAGGUACUGAAUUUUAUUACAGGAAAACUCUCAGGCCUUUUGGAAUAAUGUCAGAUGAUAAACAGUAGCUCUCCAGGAAAUUUUUAAACUGCCUUUGGGAGCUCAGAGGAGUGUUUAUCAUGUGGUGUCAGUAAAGCUACAGUUGCAGAGCAUGAAUACCCAGAAUCUGACAGGUUAAAACUGCUAAGAGAUGUUAGUUGUUUUCUUUUAUUUGAUUGGAUAAUGCUAAAUGUCCAUUACAUAUUUUUGUACAUUUUAUUUUUGUCCUCUCAAACAUCUUAAAGAUUUAUUACAUUUAUUUGAAAUCAUAUGUUUUAAACUUGGUUAAGAACUGGAUUAUUGUUUUGUGGUUCUAUCUGUGCCCAUUAAAGUGUACAGCACUGAGAA